GGCAUUUGCACGUGAUGGACCCUAAUGGAGAGAGCAGCGUCGAUUCUGUGUGUCUACCAUGCGAGACUUCGGCGUGGGCAAGAAGUCACUGGAGCAGUGGGUGACAGAGGAGGCUGGCCACCUCUGUAACGCCUUCACCCAGGAGGCUGGACGUCCCUUUAAUCCCACCACCCUCCUGAAUAAAAGUGUAUGCAAUGUGAUUUCAUCCCUCAUUUAUGCCCAUCGCUUCAACUAUGAAGACCCUUUCUUCAACAAGCUGGAGAGGACACUGGCUUCAUUGCUGAGGUGCUGAACACAGUCCCAAUGCUCCCCGGCAUCCCUGGGAUGCCUGGCCAAGCCUUCCCCAAGCAGAUAAGAUGUUGAUUGAGCACAAGACAACCUGGAAUCCUGCACAGCCACCCCGAGGUCUGACAGAUGCCUUCCUGGCUGCGGUGGAGAAGGUGAGGACUGCCAUAAAGGAGGGGGUCAGGUCCUUUGGGCUGCAGUGUACUGUGAGUUUUGAUGCCAGGCAGGUGGGGUUUGUAUGUAAUCCAUGGACCUAACAAUUGGUCCUUCUCUGAGUGCCCGGGUUGUCUUCCGACUCUGGCUGCUUCCGUCUGCCCAGAAAUCAGCACUCCUGCCAUGUCCUUCAGUCUACAUAUAGCUUGCGGAACUAGUGCCUCUGAGCAGCCACACAUAUUGCAGCCCCCCUCUGCCUCCCCAGAACAGCUGGCCCAAUAGCUGCAACCACUCCUCCAGGAACCCAUAAGGUCCUGAGGGGAUAAGGUCUGCUGCAGCAUCCCUAUCCGAGAAUUCUCAUGCAGCCACGUUUGCCUUUACCUGUGGCCUGCCGAACUUGACCCCUUUCUCCCCGCAGGCCCCUACAAUCUGCGUGGGCCUCUUUCCCCUCCUUUUAACAACAUCCUGAUUGCUAAAUAUCUGUAAAAGCUACUUAGAAUUUUUCAGAUCCUACUGAGAAAAUGCAGAGUCCAAACCUGCACCCCUACUGGCCAAACACAGUUACUGCAAGUAAAAAAAAAUCCACACCUCAGCCCAAAAUCGCUGAAGGUAAGCUUUGUAUUCUGGUAGUUUAAGAUGGUAAUAAGAUUAACUACUCUAUACCAAUGGCACAUAAUCUUAUGAUGCAGAACGUUAGGGAUCUCAUUGCUUCUUAUAUGGAUGACAUCCUGGGAGAGGAUUAUGACCUGACCUGCACAUGAUACAUCUAUACCUAAUGCUAACAAUUAGCUUCAUAAUCCAUAUAAUAUCCUGGAAGAGAAGGCUUGAUAAUAGGGUGGAACACAGGACAGUUGUGCAAACUAUUGGUAAAUUAGAGACAAGAAUUCAAAAUCUUGAGGACAAUGGGGAAAUGUUUAAUAAGGUAGAUAACUUAAAACUUAAAAAUAGCCACCAAAAUAGGAUCAAUUAAGGAUGACAUUACCAGGCCAUUAGAAACAACUUGUUCCAUGUCUGAUGACUCAAUUAAUAAAACUCAAAGACUGAAACUUCAGAUUGGAAAACUUACAGAAAAAUUCAUUCCAUGUCUGAGGAUAAUGACUGGCUCUCAGAUAGAACACUGUUCCUAGAGGGUAACUUACAUCCCAUUCAGAUGAUAUCUAAGGAUGAGAAUAUUAAAUGUUUGUAAUCAGGUGUAUAUGAUGAAUCCAAGAAACUGACCAAUUCUAUGAAGUCCUUAGAAUUUUUUUUAACACAAAAGUUUAAGCACUCAGAGAACAAAUGGUGAAUAGGUUCCAGGUCUUAGACGAACUCCAAUCUGAUACAUCAGAAUCAGAGAUAAUGGCAACAGGUCAUGAAAGAGGUUUACCUAUGCCUCUCAGACGCUGAGAAGACCUUCCUAAAGUUGUUAUGCCCUCUCCUAUUGUCUUUCCAGUAUCUAUGACUGAAAAACCAGCAAGGAAAAGACAUCAUUGGGAACCAAUACAGAUGAAGGACCUAAAGGGAAUCAAAGAAGCCAUUGUCUUCAUUCACUCUAUGUCAGGGAGCUCCUGACCUCAUGGGCAACUGUAAAUAAAGUGACUGCUAAGGAUUGGAGCCAA